ACAACACUUAAACAACGCUUAAAUGUUGAACAGCUGUUUAUUAUCUGCGUUAUUUCAGUUUCGUAGCAUUUUACGUUUUGUAUAGAUUUUAACGUGUUCAAAUUGAAAUUUUAUUUCAUAUACAAACCAAAAAACAAUGCCAAAAGUGCGUCGCAGCCGUAAACCUCCACCAGAUGGUUGGGAAUUGAUUGAACCAACGUUGGAGGAACUGGAACAGAAAAUGCGCGAAGCGGAAACGGAACCACACGAGGGCAAGCGCAUCACAGAAUCGUUGUGGCCCAUCUUUAAAAUACAUCACCAGAAGACGCGCUACAUCUAUGAUUUGUUCUAUCGCCGCAAAGCCAUUAGCCGGGAAUUGUACGACUAUUGUUUGAAGGAGAAGAUCGCCGAUGGCAACCUGAUAGCCAAAUGGAAGAAGUCCGGCUAUGAGAAUCUUUGCUGCCUGCGUUGCAUACAGACACGUGACACGAACUUCGGCACGAAUUGCAUUUGCCGUGUGCCAAAAUCAAAACUGGAGGAGGGACGCAUUGUGGAAUGCGUGCACUGCGGAUGUCGCGGCUGCUCUGGAUAACUCCAGUAGCAUAUACAUAUAUAUAUAGGAUAUACAAAUGCACAUAGAAUAUUCAUCUAGUUUGUAGAAUUAUACAUUUCACUUUUACUGACAUUGAUCCCACUAAUUGUACAAGUUUUGUAAGUAGUUCGCAUGUAAAUAUCACAUUUACUCUAUAGUCAAAAAUGGAAACCACAUGUGAAAUCUGAAAUGUAGUUGCCUGUUUUUUUGGGCAACGCAAUUAUAUAGUACAACGAAAGAUAUGGAUUUUCUAUGCCUAAUUGUAAAUAAUAGUAUUUAUUUUGUAUCUUUAAUCUCCGGUUGACAAAGAGUAAUUAGACUUUCUUUCUUUGUCUAAUAAUAGAUUUGGGGAUACUGACAUAAGCUAAUACUAUUGUGAAACAAUUUAUAUGUAUUUUUUAUACUAAUCUUUGAUAGAGAAAGAGCAAAAGCAAUGUUCAAGCACAAGUAGUUGAGUUUCAAUACUUAUUAAAUUAACAAAGAGCAAAA